UCGGCGUCCUUCCGGCUUCCAAGACUCGAACGGAAAGGGGAAAGCCUUGGCUGUGAUGCCGCUGGACGAUGGCUGCUUUCGGGAUCCUAAGUUACGAACACCGGCCCCUGAAACGGCCACGACUUGGACCUCCGGACGUUUACCCUCAAGACCCAAAGCAAAAAGAGGAUGAAUUGACUGCUUUGAACGUAAAACAAGGAUUUAAUAAUCAACCUGCUGUGUCAGGAGAUGAACAUGGAAGUGCUAAAAAUGUCAAUUUCAAUCCCUCAAAGAUUAGUUCAAACUUCAGCAGCAUCAUUGCUGAGAAGCUGCGUUACAACACAUUUCCAGACACAGGCAAACGGAAGCCACAGGUCAACCAGAAGGACAAUUUCUGGCUUGUUACUGCCAGGUCACAGAGCUCCAUCAACAACUGGUUUACGGACCUGGCUGGAACUAAACCGCUCACCCAGCUAGCCAAAAAGGUGCCCAUAUUUAGUAAAAAAGAGGAAGUCUUUGGCUAUCUGGCCAAGUACACAGUACCUGUAAUGCGAUCGGCAUGGAUGAUCAAAAUGACCUGUGCAUAUCAUGCCGCUAUCACGGAAACAAAAGUAAAGAAACGUCAUGUCAUCGACCCAUGCAUAGAAUGGACCCAAAUCAUCACAAAGUACCUGUGGGAGCAGUUGCAAAAGGUGGCCGAGUUCUACCGGCAGUCUCCCAGCCAGGGUUGUGGCUCCCCGCUGCCGGCCACCCCAGCUGAGGUGGACACAGCCAUGAAGCAGUGGGAGUACAACGAGAAGCUAGCCAUGUUCAUGUUUCAGGACGGCAUGCUAGACAGACACGAGUUCCUGACAUGGGUGUUGGAAUGCUUUGAGAAGGUGCGACCUGGAGAAGAUGAGCUUCUGAAGCUGCUGCUGCCACUCCUCCUACAGUAUUCCGGGGAGUUUGUGCAGUCGGCCUACUUGUCCCGGAGGUUGGCCUACUUCUGCACUCGACGUCUCAGCCUGCUGCUAAGCGACGGGAGUCUGGGACCUGGCACAGGGGGCCACCCGGCGCACGGCAUUCUGGCACAGCCAGGGAACACCCUGGCCCCCACGCCAACAUCACAGCCCGCAGGGGGCAACCAACCCCAGACCCCCUUCACAGACUUCUACAUUUGCCCUCAACACAGGCCCUUGGUGUUUGGACUCAGCUGCAUGCUUCAGAGUAUCGUGCUGUGCUGUCCAAGUGCCCUUGUGUGGCACUACUCUCUGACGGAUAGCCGGAACAAGACGGGUUCCCCGCUGGACUUGCUCCCCAUUGCCCCCUCCAACCUGCCCAUGCCAGGGGGCAACAGCACCUUUACACAGCAGGUCCGUGCAAAGGUGCGAGAAAUAGAGGAGCAGGUCAAGGACCGAGGGCAGGCUGUGGAGUUUCGCUGGUCUUUUGAUAAAUGUCAGGAGAAGACUGCCGGCUUCACUAUUGGGAGUGUCCUACACACCCUGGAGGUUUUGGACAACCACAGCUUUGAGAAGUCUGACUUCAGCAACUCUCUGGAUUCCCUAUAUAAUCGCAUCUUCGGCUCAGGCCAGAGCAAAGAUGGCCACGAGAUGUCCACUGACGACAACGCAGUGGUGACCCUGCUGUGUGAGUGGGCGGUGUGCUGCAAGAGGUCAGGCCGCCAUCGGGCUAUGGUGGUGGCCAAGCUGCUGGAGAAGAGACAGGCGGAGAUUGAAGCGGAGAGGUGUGGCGAGUCCGAGGUGGUGGAUGAGAAAGCUUCGGUGUCGUCGGGUUCUCUGUCAGCAGCCACCCUGCCUGUGUUUCAAGAUGUGCUCCUACAAUUUCUCGAUACCCAGGCCCCUAUGCUCACUGAGCCAGGAAACGAGAGUGAACGAGUGGAGUUCUCCAACCUGGUGCUGCUCUUCUGUGAGCUCAUUCGCCACGACGUAUUCUCCCACAACAUCUACAUGUGCACGCUCAUCUCCCGUGGUGACCUGGCCUCUGACUCCCAUUUGCCCCGCCCACGUUCCCCUAGUGAUGAGCCUUCAGACGAAUCGGAGCGCAAGGAGCAGGAGGUGGGGAGCAGUGUCAAAAAUGAGGACACUGGCCUUUCAGAGUCAAUGGAGCUCGAUCACAACUCGAGUGCCAAUUUCGAUGAGAUGUUCUCUCCCCCCAUGCACUGUGAGUCAAAGGGAAGUCCCUCUCCUGAGAAGCCUGCCCCUGAGCAGGAAGGAAAGGUGAGCUGCAAAGAGAAGGGCUUGGAUCCUGUGUUCCUAUUGGUGUACGAGCAGCCCCGCCACAUCCAAUACGCCACCCACUUCCCCAUCCCCCAGGAGGAGAGUGCCAGCCAUGAGUGCAACCAGCGGCUGGUGGUGCUCUAUGGCGUUGGGAAGCAGCGAGACGAAGCCAGGCACACCAUCAGAAAAAUCACCAAAGACAUCUUGAAGGUGCUCAACCGCAAAAGCACAGCAGAGACUGGAGGGGAAGAAGGACAGAAGAGGAAAAGGAGUAAGCCUGAAGCAUUCCCCACAGCAGAGGACAUCUUCUCCAAAUUCCAGCACCUCUCCCACUUUGACCAGCACCAGGUCACCUCUCAGGUGUCCAGGAAUGUUCUGGAACAGAUCACCAACUUUGCCUUAGGGAUGUCCUAUCACCUUCCCCUGGUCCAGCACAUCCAGUUCAUCUUCGACCUCAUGGAGUACUCCCUCAACAUCAGUGGCCUCAUAGACUUUGCCAUUCAGCUGCUGAACGAGCUGAGCCUGGUGGAGGCUGAGCUGCUGCUCAAGUCAUCUAGCUUGGUGGGCAGCUACACCACCGGUUUAUGUCUGUGCAUCGUGGCUGUCCUGCGGAGGUACCACUCCUGCCUCAUCCUCAACCCUGAGCAAACGGCGCAGGUCUUUGAUGGGUUGCGUAUCGUGGUGAAGUCAGGGGUGAAUCCUGCCGACUGCUCUUCAGCCGAGCGCUGCAUCCUGGCCUACUUAUAUGACCUCUACACCUCCUGCAGUCACCUCAAGAGCAAAUUUGGAGAGAUCUUCAGUGAGUUCUGCUCUAAAGUGAAAAACUCCAUCUACUGCAACAUCGACCCAUCAGACUCCAACAUGCUCUGGGACCCUGUGUUCAUGAUGGAGGCCAUCGCCAACCCAUCGGCUAACAACUUUAACCACAGCAUGGUGGGCAAGAUCCUCAAUGACAGUCCAGCCAACCGCUACAGCUUUGUCUGCAACGUGCUAAUGGAUGUGUGUGUCGACCAUCGGGACCCAGAGAGGGUGAAUGAAGUUGGAAUCCUGUGUGCUGAGCUGACUGCUUACUGUCGCUCUUUGAGUGCUGAGUGGCUUGGUGUACUUAAGGCUCUCUGCUGCUCCUCCAACAAUGGCAACUGUGGCUUCAACGACCUGCUGUGCAACGUGGACGUCAGCGAUCUCUCCUUCCAUGACUCCCUAGCUACCUUUGUAGCUAUCCUCAUCGCCCGCCAGUGUCUUCUCCUGGAAGACCUGGUCCGCUGUGUUGCCAUCCCCUCCCUCCUCAACGCUGCCUGCAGUGAGCAGGAUUCUGAGCCUGGAGCCCGUCUGACAUGCAGGAUUCUGCUGCAUCUCUUUAAGACUCCUCAGCGUAACCCCUGCCCACAGGAUGGGGCCAAGUCAGAUAAAUCUCCGGUUGGGAUCCGAUCUUCGUGUGAUCGCCACCUUCUGGCUGCAUCGCAGAACAGCAUAGUGGUCGGAGCUGUCUUUGCUGUUCUAAAGGCUGUCUUUAUGCUGGGUGAUGCAGAACUGAAAGGCUCUGGCUUCUCUCACCCUGCCGGUCUCGAUGACAUUGCAGACGAAGACACCGGUUCCAAGAAGUCUGGCGGACGCACUGUCUCUAUAGAAACGGCCAGUUUGGACGUGUAUGCCAAAUAUGUGCUGAAGAGCAUCUGCCAGCAGGAAUGGGUGGGUGAGCGGUGUCUCAAGUCACUGUCGGAGGACAGCAGUGCCCUGCAAGACCCAGUGCUGGUCAACAUCCAAGCCCAGCGGCUGCUCCAGCUCAUCUGUUAUCCCCACCGUCAGCUGGACAGUGAGGAGGGGGACAACCCCCAGAGGCAGCGCAUCAAACGCAUCCUCCAGAACAUGGACCAGUGGACAAUGAGACAGUCAUCCCUGGAGCUCCAGUUGAUGAUCAAGCAGAGCACUAACAACGAGCUGUACUCUCUACUGGAGAACAUCGCCAAAGCCACCAUUGAGGUUUUUCAGAAGUCAGCUGAGUUGAACUCUAACAAUAUCUCAGGGAAUGGGUCGGCAGGUGCCGGAGGAUCUGCCUCCAACAGCAAUGCUAGCAAGACGAAACCAGUGCUCAGUUCAUCUGAGCGAUCAGGUGUGUGGCUUGUGGCUCCACUGAUAGCCAAGCUGCCCACCUCGGUUCAAGGCCACGUUCUGAAGGCAGCUGGGGAGGAGCUGGAGAAGGGCCAGCAUCUGGGAUCCUCCUCACGCAAGGAGAGGGACCGUCAGAAACAGAAAAGUAUGUCUCUACUGAGCCAGCAGCCGUUUCUAUCUCUGGUGCUGACCUGUCUAAAAGGCCAAGAUGAACAGAGGGAGGGCCUUCUUACGUCCCUCUAUAGCCAAGUGCAGCAGAUUGUGACUAACUGGCGGGAGGACCAGUAUCAGGAUGACUGCAAAGCCAAGCAGAUGAUGCAUGAGGCGCUAAAGCUGCGGCUUAAUCUGGUGGGUGGGAUGUUUGAUACAGUGCAGCGCAGCACGCAACAGACCACUGAGUGGGCGGUGUUACUCCUCGACAUAAUCAGCAGUGGCACAGUAGACAUGCAGUCUAACAAUGAGCUUUUCACUACAGUACUCGACAUGCUAAGUGUGCUGAUAAAUGGCACGUUGGCAGCUGAUAUGUCCAGCAUCUCUCAGGGCAGCAUGGAGGAGAACAAGAGGGCUUACAUGAACCUGGUCAAGAAGCUCCGGAAGGAGCUUGGCGAUCGACAAUCUGAGAGCUUGGAGAAGGUGCGCCAGCUGCUCCCCCUGCCCAAGCAGACCCGUGAUGUCAUCACGUGCGAACCGCAGGGCUCUCUCAUUGACACCAAGGGUAACAAGAUUGCCGGCUUUGAGAAAGAGGGCCUCCAAGUUUCCACAAAGCAGAAGAUCUCUCCAUGGGAUGUGUUUGAGGGCCUUAAGCACUCCGCACCUCUCUCAUGGGGCUGGUUUGGCACGGUACGUGUGGACCGCAAGGUGACUAAGUUCGAGGAGCAGCAGCGCUUCCUGCUUUACCACACCCACCUGAAGCCCAAGCCACGUAGCUACUACCUGGAGCCCCUGCCACUGCCUCCGGAAGAGGAGGAGCCCCCUAUACCCGUGCCUCAGGAGCCAGAGAAGAAGAUGGCAGAGACAGUGAAGCCUGAUAAGAGCGUCUCUGCAGUUUCGACUGACUCCAGCAAGAAAAAGUCUGGCAAGAAGAAGAAAACACCAUCGACCAGCAAGACUGAGGACUAUGGGCCCCGUACCCAAAGUGGAGUGCCAUAUGUAACUGGAAUGCCCCCAGAUAUCAUUAUGGGCCAGACUCACCCCUACAACAGGAUAAGCUACAGCCACCAGCAAUUGGGAAUGUAUGCCCAGAAUCAGCCUCUGCCUCCAGGAGGUCCCGGUUUGGACACCCCGUACAGACCGAACAGGACCAAUCAGAUGGGCAAGAUUAUGCCAGCUAGGCCCAACUACCCAGGCAUGAUCCCAGGCAUGCAGGGUGGCAUGACCAACAUGAUGGGCAUGGAAAAGCAUAACCCGAUAGGCUACAAGCCCCAGCCCAACAUACCACAGGGUCAAAUGCUGCGCCACCAGCUCCAGGUCAGACUGAACCAUAGUAUAAUAGGGCAACAGAUGCGGCAGAUGACGCCCAACCAACCAUAUGGCUCCAUGCAGCCAAUCCAGAACAUCUCUCAGGGCUACACCACUUACGCUACACACAUGGGGAUGCAGCCGCACCCUUCCCAGGCGGGUGGUAUCGUGCCUCCGUCGUAUGGGAACCAGGGCUUCCAGGGUACCCACCCAGGGGCCAACCCAGCCGUUGUGGACUCCCUGAGGCAGAUGGGGCAGAGGCCCAGUGGAUACGUUCACCAGCAAGCGCCUGGCUACACUCACACCAUGCAAAACACACCAAGGUUUCCCCAUCAGUCCAUCCAGCAGACUCCCAUCAUGCACGGCCUGAGUCACAUGGGGGCACAGGGGGUCCAUCCGGGCAUGAGACCAAACCAGAUGUUGGCUGAGCAGCAGCAACAGGCACAGCAGCAACAGGCACAGCAGCAACAAGCACAGCAGCAACAGCAGCAGUACCUCAGACAGCAGGCACUACGAGUAAGCUUUCUCGAUCGUCAUCAGCAACAGCAGCAGCAACAGCAGCAGCAGCAGCAGCAGCAACAACAACAGCAGCAGCAGCAGCAACAGCAGCAGCAGCAGGUCCAGCCCCAGCAAGUUCAACAACCACAACAACAACAACAGCAGCAGCAACAACAACAGCAGCAGGUAGCGUCGGCCCAGCCCCCUGGUGCCCAGGCUCCAAACCAGGCCCUGAACAUGCAGCCCUUGCCCCCUCAGCAACCCAUGUUUCCACGGCAGGGGAUGCAGCAGACACAACAGCAGCAGCAGACUGCAGCACUGGUCAGGCAGCUCCAACAGCAGCUCUCAAAUACACAACCUGGACAGAGCACCAAUUCAUAUUACUGAUAAUGCUUGUUGUAUAGUUGUGUGUGUGUGUGUGUGUGUGUGUGUGUGUGUGUGUGUGUGUGUGUAUGGAAGGAUAGGGAGACCCUGUGAGUGGGAAUGUCCCCAGCCAGCCUGUAGAUUGGCAGAUAGAUGUGUCCAAUGCCCCGCAGUGCCCUGUUUUAGAGGUGUAGGCUCUUAGUAGGGAAAGGCUGCUAUUGGCCAUGAAGGACGUCCAGACAGACAAACCCACAACUCUACAUGCCGUUCGAAAACCAUCUCAACAGUCAUGUCGUUUCUGAAAAUCCAAGGAGGGAUUGAGUUGUGAAAUAUUAUGAUCAUGGAGAAUAAUGGAAGAGUAUGUAAAAAAAGAAGUACAUGAAAUUAUAAGAAUAAUGCAAUUUUUUAUUUUAUUUCAAUUUGUACAAUUUUUCCGUUUAGUGUAUUUCUCAUUAAAAAAAUCAUGUCAGUUUUUA